AUGAAGUUCCAGACCACCCUCGGCCUCUUGGCCGCUCUCGCCACGUCCGUCAUUGCUGAGGAGAAGGUUCACUACGACGGUUACAAGGUCUUCCGCAUUGAGGCUCACGAUGAUGUUGCCGACAUCCACAAGCAGCUCGAGGGCCUCACCACCACCUCUGUUGGCUGUGGUGGCGAGACCGACCACGUCGAGAUUGCCAUCGCCCCUGAGGAUCUCGAGGCCUUCGCUGCCCUGGGCCUCGACGCUAAGGUUAUCAACGAGGAUCUUGGUGAGGCACUCGCUGAGGAGGGUCCCGUUUCCGAGUUCUACGGCGACGAGAGCACCAUCGAGGCCCGCCAGGCCGGUCUUCCCGCCGCGUCGUGGUUCACGGCAUACCGCCCCUGGGCUGAGCACGCCACCUUCUUCAACCAGAUUCAGGCUGCUCUCCCCUCCAACUCGGAGAUCUUUAAUGUCGGCCAGUCCUUCCAGGGCCGCACCAUCUACGGCAUCCACCUCUGGGGCCCCAACGGCAAGGGAUCGCGCCCUGCCAUUGUCUUCCACGGCACUGUCCACGCUCGCGAGUGGAUUUCUGCCCCCGUCGUCGAGUACAUCACUCGUGAGCUUGCUGCUGGCUACCUUAACAACGAUGCUUCCGUCCGUGCUUGGUUCGGCAAGUAUGACUUCUACUUCAUCCCCUUCGUGAACCCCGACGGCUUCGUCUACACCCAGUCCACCAACCGUCUCUGGCGCAAGAACCGUCAGACUCGCUCUGGCACCAGCUGCGUCGGCACCGAUGGCAACCGCAACUGGAACUUCAACUGGGGCCUCACUGGCGGUGCCUCCACCAACCCCUGCGACGAGACCUACAAGGGCCUUGCUGCUGGUGACGCUCCCGAGAUUCGCGCUCUUCAGACCUUCACCCAGGGCCUCCGCACUCGCGGCGUGAAGCUCUUCAUCGACUGGCACAGCUACGGCCAGUACAUCCUCCUCCCUUACGGCUACAGCUGCAGUGCCCGCGCUCCCAACCACUCAACCCAGAUGUCCGUUGCCGGCGGCUUCUCCAACGCCAUCCGCGCAGUCUCCGGCACCAGCUUCACCUACGGUCCCAGUUGCUCCACUCUCUACGCCACCACCGGAAGCUCCCCCGAUUACCACAGCGGCGCCAUCAACGCCGAGUUCUCCUGGACCGUCGAGCUCCGCCCUGGCCCCAACGCCUCCAACGGCUUCGUUCUGCCCGCCGGCCAGAUCGCCGCCAGCGGUGCCGAGCAGUGGGCUGGUAUCAGGUACGUCCUGAACACCAUCUAA